CAAGAUAUUUGUUUUGCAUCUAUAUGCAUAAUAGUUUCUAACAACAUUUAACAGACUAACAAAGGAAACUAAAAAUUGUACAGCCACAAUGGUCUUAGAGACAGGUAUCAAAUAUCUUGUUUGUGGGAUAGAUUGUUGUUAAAUUACAAGUUUGAUUUCGAUUCCUAAUGUUGUAUUAAAGUUGUGUUUUUCAAGCAUACCUACUCCGAGCAAGUAUUGUUUUAACUUUGAAAUUUAACUAUAUCUUAUUGUUAUGUUUACUUAAAGUUGUAUUUGACAGUGAAUUCACCACACAACCCCUGAAUCCAACACGAGUUAGUGAGCUUAAGUUUAGUCUUAGCGAAUUCAAAUAGUAAAUUAGUGAACCGGCCAAAUAUGUUAAGUAUAACUAUCGACACAAAUUUAACUAAACACAAGACGAAUUUGACUACACACGAUUUUAUAAAUGAAUUAGAUAUUAGUUAAACAAGUUUUGACAUAAUACAACAUACAUGGCUUAAAAAUAGAAAACAACAUGACCACUUGACGGCCCUUGCUAUCACCUUCUAUAUAAUGAAUCAAACCCCAUCAAAGUUAAACAUUCUUAAAGGCCUAACACACAGUCACACACACUUGAUGAAGAUGUUUCUCACAAUCCUCUUCACCUUUGCACUCCUGUUCUCCUCCUCUCAAGCUUCAGUGCAAGACUUCUGCGUCGCAGACCUAUCAUUGUCAGAUACUCCUUCAGGUUACCCUUGCAAGAAGCCUUCCACAAUCACCGUGGACGCUUUUGUUUUCUCCGGCUUGGGUGUUGCCGGCAACACUAGCAAUCUCAUCAAAGCAGCCGUGACCCCGGCCUUUGUCGCUCAAUUUCCAGGUGUCAAUGGCCUUGGCCUGUCCAUGGCGAGGUUAGACCUCGCUGUGGGUGGUGUCAUUCCAUUGCACACACACCCUGGAGCAUCAGAGGUCCUACUUGUUACCCAAGGGAGUAUUCUUGCAGGGUUCAUAUCUUCUUCCGCCAAUGUUGUCUAUUAUAAAACUCUUCACAAAGGAGAUAUAAUGGUUUUUCCACAGGGAUUAUUGCACUUCCAAUUGAAUUCAGAGAAAAUACCUGCUCUUGCAUUUGCGAGCUUCAGUAGCCCCAAUCCGGGUCUCCAAAUCACUGAUUUCGCGUUGUUUGCAAACGAUUUGCCUACCGAAUUGGUGGUGAAGGUCACUUUCCUUGAUAAGGCUCAAGUGAAGAAGCUCAAGGCUAUCCUUGGUGGCACUAAUUGAGCAGUAAAACUCUCUCUGUGCCUCUAAAUCUCUUGGAGAACUUGGCAUUUUCAUGUUUCUGAAUUCUGUAUUUUGAUUGAUUAAGGACUGGUAGCAUAGGAUUACAAUCUAGUAUGUUUGCGGUGGUUUGGUUUUUCGAGUUAUAUUGUCGUCUCAAAUGUCUAGUGAAAUGUUUUUGUUUGCUGUUUGAUGUGCCAAAAUGUAACCUUGUUGAGUGGAAUCUAACUGGUGGUCAGUCUGUGAUAAGCAACAUUUCUUUCAAUGACCUAGACCUUUUUACCUGAAUAAAUUGGACAAAUGUACAUUUUUUACUAGGUUUGUUUCUCAUCAUGCAUAGGUGGAAAAAAGAAAAAGAAAUAAUAGUCAAACAAAAAACUUGUAUGUUAAUGUGGAGUCUGAUAGUACUGGAUAUUCAACACAAUGUGACACCAGGUCAAUUAUGUGACCUUAAUUGUAGUAUUUGACAUUUUGUAAAUAGAUAAAAGAAUGAUAUUGUAACUAAAGAC